GGUAGUGAUGGUAACCACUGAGCCACCGAUACUAAACGAAGCCAAUACCUCAUCAAAACAUUGGCAAGUUCAAAAUAACUUGUGUGAGCAAUCUUCUCAGAUUUUUCAGUAUCUUGUCCUGCUUCAGCUGAUCAAGAGAUGGCCCGGACCCCCAGGGGGAGCCUGAUUUACAAUCGAGUAGAGAGGAUGGUGCAGGCGGGGAGGAGUUUCUGAGAACAAAACAGAAAUCGCUGGAGGCUCAGCAGCUCCGGCAGCAUCUGCGAAGGAAAAAACAGAGUUAACGUUUCGAGUCCGGUGACCCUUCCUCAGAAUUUCUGAGCCCUGGUGUUGGUGUGAGGGCGAUGGAUUAGAAUAAAUGGUGCCGGCGGGUUCAUAACGCCAGGGUGCUGGCUGGGGAGUAAAGAUCGAUGGUGGGCAGUAGCAGCUAGCUGGAGGAGUCAUCAGUGAGAUUCUGAAUUCAGUGCCGCGAGUCAAACAGAGCACAGAGAGACCGGCUCACAGAAGUUGGCAAUGUGUCCAUUUCGGGAAACAAGCUCCAACGAGGCAAUUUCGCUCCAACCUCAUCGGAGUGAGGUUAUCAUGGACGCUUUUUAUGAAAGGAUCAGCCCCCAUACCGUUCGAAAGAUCCGAAUUGAACCAAUGCUUGGCGUCGAGGGCAGUGGCACAGCCAUUUGAUUGGUGCAAAAACUCUGCUGAUCUCCUAGGAUACAGCAUCGUAUUAAUGGUUAAUUUUUGUAGGAUCUGGCUGGGCGGGCUGGAAAUAUAAGAUGAACUGCUAAAAGCAAAGAGGGCAGGUAGAGGGAGAGGAGAACGUGAAGGAAGGAGAGAUGGGGAAAGGAGGAGAGAAGGGGGAGGAAGAAGGGGGCUAUGAGAAAAUGUUAACGCAUUACACUUGGGAAGAGAUUCAGAAGCACAAUAGCAGGACGGACAAGUGGCUUGUGAUUGAUAGGAAAGUGUAUAACGUGACUAACUGGGCCCUAAAGCACCCCGGAGGGAUACGGGUUAUCAGUCACUUUGCCGGAGAGGACGCCACGGAUGCAUUCCAGGCUUUCCAUCCAGACCUCACCUUUGUCCGUAAGUUUAUGAAGCCGCUUCUGAUUGGUGAGUUAGCUCCAGGUGAGCCGAGCCAGGACCGUCAGAAAAAGAGUGAGUUGGUUGAAGAUUUUCGAGCCUUGCGGAAGACAGCAGAGGACAUGAAACUAUUUAAAAGAGACAUGGUGUUUUUCUCCCUCUAUCUUGCCCAUCUCUUUGUGUUGGAGUUUCUGGCCUGGCUGACACUGUCAUAUUUUGGAACCGGCUGGAUUCCAACUCUCCUUACUGCCUUAAUCCUGGCAACUUCACAGGCCCAGUCAGGCUGGCUUCAACAUGACUUUGGACAUUUGUCUGUCUUUCGGAGUUCAAAAUGGAACCACCUGUUACACAAGUUCCUGAUUGGUCACAUGAAGGGGGCUUCUGGAAACUGGUGGAAUCACCGACACUUCCAGCACCAUGCCAAACCCAACAUCUUUAAUAAGGACCCUGAUGUGAACAUGCUGAAGGUAUUUGUACUGGGAGAUACCCAACCUGUGGAGUUUGGAAAACGGAAGAUCAAGUAUUUACCUUACAACUAUCAGCACGAAUACUUUUUCCUCAUUGGUCCACCCCUGCUAAUCCCGGUGUAUUUCUACAUUCAGAUAAUGAUGACCAUGAUUACUCGUCGGGAUUGGGUGGAUCUUGCCUGGGCAACAACAUACUACAUCCGUUACUUCACCACCUACAUCCCCUUUUAUGGAUUUUUUGGUUCCAUACUGUUUGUCAUCUUUGUCAGGUUCAUAGAGAGCCAUUGGUUUGUGUGGGUGACCCAGAUGAACCAUAUUCCGAUGACCAUUGACGAUGAAAAGCACAAGGAUUGGCUCACUAUGCAGAUCAUCAUCGUGAAGGGGAAACUCCUUCCUCUGUGUGGCUUCAGCUGUGGACCUAUGGCAGUGCUGGGUUUGGAGGAGAGGGAAUCUCCAAGCAGGUUAGAGACUGCCACCGUGGGACCCCAGUCUGCAUCUGCAGAGCAGCUGAAACUAAACUAUCUUGGAGCUACAGCCAGAAUCAUGGUGGGAGACCAGAUGGUUGUGUGCAAUUGA